AUGUCUUCAUGGGGCAAUGUCUACGCUGCUGAACCAGCCUAUCCAACUCUAGCUCAUACACUACUGUCCAGUCAUAUCACGACUUCUAGGAUAUCAGAGCAGCCUGAUGAUCCAGAUCCAUCAUCCAUCUGGAAUCUAAAAAAGGACAUCGAAGCUGCAUUUGAAGGCCCAUCGACCGUUUUCCGCUAUGGCAGAGUACUCGGGUUUUCGAGACUGAAGCAGAGAGCUCAAGAAGAUGAUGACCAUGAUUUCGUCGGCCAGCUCCCCCGCUACCUCCUCGCAAAGCAUCUCCGCAACGCACCACCAUCCCCACAACCAAAAGCCUUCAUAAUCCACCCACCAACCUUCGACCCGUUCGCCCCGAAACAGCUCCUGGCUUCUCUCCUCGCUUCACCUGGAACACCACCCCUCACUCGCAACGAAGCAGUAGCCCUCCUAGACCACGUCCAGCUGCUUCCCGUCUUCGACUUCCGCGCCGCAGUGCAAGCCAUCAGCCAAGUCGCGGACGCCCUGCAAUCAGCCCCAGUGUCUGCUGCGGAGGGCGAGCGCGAGACGGAGAGCCAGCGCCCACGCACGCUCCUCGUCAUCGCAGGCCUCGACUCAUUAACAGAGGAUAUCAUCCGCGCUUCGAACCCCGUCAAGGGCGCUGCGGCGUUGACUGCCGCGCUGAGAACGCUGACGCAGCUUUCAAGGGCGCAUGGCUCGGAGCUUGCUGUGAUGCUGGUCAAUACGCGGGGACUUGGACCUGCGCCAGGCUUCCGCCCUGGCACUGGGGCGGGGGCUGGGGUUGACAGGCGGCAAGUUUCGCGAAGGGACUUUGGGGCGUCGGUGGAUGAUGAGGGCGUCUACUCUAUCUUCCAUGAGGGGGCGUCGACGCCGCUGUUGCCGAGUUUGUUGAUGAGGACGUUGGAUCAGGGUAUUGAUACGCAUGUUCUGGUUUCGAUGGUGAAGGAGGAUUGCGUUGUGGAGGUUGUCAAGGACCGGGUGGGAGAGGGAUUGGGGAGGUGGUGUAUUUGGGAUGAGAACUCCACGAAGGUUUAG